UACCCCCUGCUGCCGCCCGCGGCGAGAGCCGCGCAGCCUCCGCUAGACCUGCGGUGCGCGGCGACAUGGCGGGCGGCCACCGCCUCCUGCUGGAGAACGCGCGGCAAGUGGUGCUGGUGUGCGCCCGCGGCGAGCGCUUCCUGGCGCGGGACGCGCUGCGCAGCCUGGCGGUGCUGGAGGGCGCCAGCCUGGUGGUGGGCACAGAUGGGUUCAUAAAAGCCAUCGGUCCUGCUGAUGCUAUCCAAAAACAGUUUUCAGAAGAAACAUUUCAAGAAAGAAUUGACUGUACCGGGAAAUGCAUCUUGCCAGGUUUAGUGGAUGCACACACACAUCCAGUAUGGGCUGGUGAAAGAGUUCAUGAGUUUGCGAUGAAGUUGGCAGGAGCCACAUACAUGGAUAUCCACCAGGCUGGAGGAGGGAUCAACUUCACGGUGGAGCGCACGCGCCAGGCCUCGGAGGAGGCGCUGUUCAGCUCCUUCCGGCAGCGGCUUGGGUGCAUGAUGAGGGCGGGGACGACGCUGGUGGAAUGCAAGAGCGGAUACGGCCUCAACCUGGAGACGGAGCUCAAGAUGCUACGCGUGAUUGAGCGCGCACGGCGGGAGCUGGACAUCGGCAUCUCAGCCACUUACUGCGGGGCUCACUCGGUGCCAAAAGGAAAAACUGCUGCUGAAGCCGCUGAUGACAUCAUCAAUAACCACCUCCCAAAGCUGAAGGAACUUGGCAGAAAUGGGGAAAUACACGUUGACAAUAUAGAUGUGUUCUGUGAGAAGGGCGUCUUUGAUCUCGAUUCCACCAGAAGGAUUCUUCAAAGUGGGAAAGAUAUAGGGUUACAGAUUAACUUCCAUGGGGAUGAACUCCACCCAAUGAAGGCUGCUGAGCUCGGGGUGGAACUGGGAGCCAAGGCAAUCAGUCACCUGGAAGAAGUGAGUGAUGAAGGCAUUGCUGCCAUGGCAGCGGCCAGGUGCUCUGCUGUCCUCCUGCCCACCACGGCCUACAUGCUGAGACUGAAGCAACCUCGAGCCAGGAAAAUGUUAGAUGAAGGGGUAAUAGUCGCUCUGGGCAGCGAUUUCAACCCUAAUGCGUAUUGUUUUUCAAUGCCGAUGGUCAUGCAUCUGGCCUGUGUGAACAUGAGAAUGUCCAUGCCCGAGGCCUUGGCUGCUGCCACCAUCAAUGCCGCUUAUGCCCUGGGAAAGUCUCACACUCAUGGAUCUUUGGAAGUAGGAAAACAGGGAGAUCUCAUUAUCAUCAAUUCAUCCAGAUGGGAGCAUUUGAUUUACCAGUUUGGAGGCCAUCACGAAUUAAUUGAUUAUGUUAUAGCUAAAGGAAAAGUCAUCUAUAAAAAAUGAUUGAUCUGUAAGGAAAGAGCACACGGUUCUACUGUAUAAGUCAGUACAGUUAUAUUAAAAGUUAAAAUACCUUAGUAGUUUA